UUUCGAGGUAUCGUACUCGGUCAUCGGGCGAUCCGCGAGUCGUGGUGCGAAUUCUAGUCUUCGUCGUUGAAGUCGUCGUUUCUCGAUUUCGUAAAGUGCACGUAUCGCGGACACUCACGGUGGUGCCAAGUUAUAAAAGCUGCACUUGCGGUGUGCGGCGACUCUAUACACACAAUGCCCGAUCUGACUCGAUCAGCACAGCCACAGACAGUUGAUUAGCUUUAACUCGAGUUAUUGUUGAUGCAUAGUGGAUAGAUCGCUUUUAUAAAGGAGGAGCUACGCAUAGACUCGUGUAUAGAGCGAAGACUGACGAGUGAGUAUCGAGUGCGGCUAGGCUCGUGUCGCUCGUGCUGCGAGGAGGCUCGUACAUUAUCACACAUACAAGCUAUAGAUAUAGCACAAUCGCUAACGCUCGACACACCGCUGCUUCUCUCUCUCUCUCUCUCUCUCAAGAGUCUUCUUUGGAUCGCGAGCGACUUUAGCCGCUGAUCGGAUGCAUUAUAAUUGUAGCCGCUUUCGGUUGCAGAGUGCAGCAGGGUUCGCACGGAAAGCCGCAAUUUUUUAUCCGCUUCAUCGUUGUUCCAUUCGAGAUAACUACUGCUGCAUAUCGCCGUACGCAAUAACAUGUAUACCGUAUCCAGAGGACCGAGUAAAAUUGUUGCCAAAACGAGACGUGGCAUGAAUCAAAAUCUGGAGAGAUUAGAAAAUUUCAGAGAUAUGUCUCGCAAAAGUGACCCAGAAGAUGAUAUUACAGAAGAAGAUAAAAGCAACAUAAAUAUCCCUAAACCUGUUUUUUACACAAAUGGUAAACUCAAACCAAAUACUCAACGACAUAGAACAAGACAAGAAGUUAUCACGCCUCAACAUGAAGAAUUGAUCAAGUACAUCUGUGAAUCAUGGGACCAGAUUAAUGGAAGGCAAAGAUCUUCGUCCUCUGAUGAUUCAGAUCAGUCAGAAUCUUCACCGAGUGAAGCUAUUGUCUACUACGAUGAUGGAGAACCAAACAAUGUUUUACAAGACUUUAAACCAUUUGAUUUAGAAUCUUGGUGGGGUAAACGUCUUUUCAACAACAUCACAAAAUCCGGUUGAAUUAUUGAAGAAUCCCAAAGAGCAAUUUUUAGUGAAAUGUCACUUGAAACCCAAGAGAGACAUCAUUUUUAAAUUUCUAUUCAUAUUAAACCAUCAUAAAAGCUCUUUUAACAGCAGCAUUUUUACAUCAGCAUAUGGUAAAAUCAUGAGAGUUCAUAUUCAAGCAGUUUUAUGGCAUGAUGUGAAAGAAAUAUCUAUAGAACAAGAGUAAAUCCACUAGUAGACAAUAAUAGAACACAAAAAAUAUUGUAAAACCAAAUGUGUGUGCCUGUAUGCGUGUGAUUGCAAUCUCAAGUGAAUGAGUGUAUGUGCAAGUAAGAAUGCAUGACUAUGUGUGAAUAUGAGGAUUGGUGAAAAAUUGCGCUGAAGUUUACUUUGCUAUCUUUUACAUGAGUAUGAGGUACAUAUGACUUAGGAUAAAUAAUAAAUUAAGCCCAUGCAUGAUUCAAAAAAAUAAUGAGAGAGCCAAAAAAGUUUGGUACCUCAAGAUUCAUCCAGAAGUGCUUUCUGUGAUUGUUGAUAUGUGUAAUUCACUCAAAGAAUUGUUUCUUGUUUGAAACAAAGCAUUGCUUUUUAUUUAUAUAAACUUUGAAAAGUUUUUAUUGAUGAUGAAGCUAUGCUUUGUUUCUAAAUUUAAAUAUAUAUGUUUUUGGUACAAAAAAGAUUUAUUCUGGCAAAUGUAUAUGCAAGAUAUUCACCUGAGCAAUAUGAUUGUUGGUAUUGCAUGCUCUGGAAAAGAAGUGUUGACUUGCUAUAGACUGAUAUUGUAAAUUUGAAUAUGAUUUAUUCAAUAAAAAUACAUCAUUUAUUACAAUGCAAGAUGCAAAAAAUAAAUUUA